CACAUGUUGACGCUCGUAAACCGUGGAGAUAGAAAGAACUAGCAAGAAGCAAACCAAUGAACGGCAGGCGGUUGUGAGAGGAGAUUGUCAGACUCGAUUCUUCAACAAGGGAGUGUGAGACAUAUCAGAACAAUUACGGAAAAAGACGUUAUCUAAACCGUUCUUGCAAACCGUAACCGGUUCUCCUGUUGAUAUUUUGUUGCAAUAUUCUAGUGAUGCAAUCGCAGGGCAGCACUUCCUCCCAGCCCUCCUUUUAUUCGCUGAGCUCCAGCGACAGCUACCUGUUCAGCGACUCGGAGCAGGCGGAGGAUGACACUGAUGUCUUCCUGUCCGAUCGCUCGCCCUCGGUCAUCCUCAGCACUGGGGAUGUGGUCAAGGGCGACAGGAGCGCCGGGGCGGAAAGUCCUGGCUCCCAGUGGGCGUGUGACAGCUUCACCGAGGUUACUAGAGGUCACCCCAGGGUCACAGCCGAAAGAGAACGUACGAGGGAGAUGGAGGACGUACAGGUGAAGGGGGACCUGCUCUUCGCCCAGAAGUGUGCUGAACUGCAGGGUUUCGUCAGGCCCUUACUGGAGCUGUUGAAUGGGCUGAAGGGGGGUCGGUUUGAUCGGGGACUGAGUAGUUUCCAGCAGAGUGUAGCCAUUGAUCGCAUCCAGAGGAUCGUAGGGAUCUUACGGAGACCCAGCAUCGGGGAGAAAUAUAUGAAUACUCUUCUCCAGGUGGAGAUGAUGCUGAAGAUGUGGUUUCCUCAGGUGUCCCCCUUGGCCCCUCAGCCUGCCAAACCGACUGGCCCUGCCGCCACCACCUCAACCCGGGACACCCCCAAAUGCCCCCACCUACACAAGCACACAGACCAAUCACACAUCCCUGUCAAGAAGCGCAGAUUGAGUUGGUCAGACACUGACAGUGUGACCCCUCCUCCUGUACUCUUAAAGAGGCUCAACACUGGUGUGGGACAAGAGAGGAGGAAUGAGGGGCUAGACACUCCAUCGAUGGCUUCUGGAGAAUCUCUGGGCCCCCUGGAUCCUGCCAGCGACCAAGAGAAUGACAGAAAAAAAGAUGAAAACAGCAAAGAUGGAGAGUCAUCCAGCCAAAAAAUGGGUAAUUGUUCCGAGCCCAGUUUCAACUGGUUUCACGUGGCUCCCAACCUUUCCCCCCGGAAACCAAGGGAGGUAAAACAGCUUCUUUCUGUUGUACCACCUCCCUCCAGCAGGGGCAGUCCAGCCAUGCAGGACAGCUCAAUCUCCUCUACCACACCCAUCAGCAACCAGCAGCAAAGCCAGCUCCAGUCAGUCGGUUGCCAAAGCCAGCUUAUUGCUGGAAAAAAGGGGAUAAAGACAUUAAAGACCUGUCAGGAGAGGGGCCAGUCUCAUCAAAUCACAGCAAAGCCUUUGAAAAGGGUGGAGCGCAAGAGCAGGCUUAACCCUGCCCCUUUGGAGUCCUGAUGCCCUCAGCGCUCUGACCAGUGGGCUACUGUGACUAUGCCAAUGUGCUAAAUUGCUGUGAAAGGGAGAAUCAGGGUGGUAGAAAGGUUGUUUGGUGCUAAGACGAUGAUACGUUUUGUGUUUUUAAUGAUGGAUUCUGUGAAACUACAAACCGUUAGGAUCAUUAAUUUAACAAACCUGACAGGCUGUAGUUACUGCAACAUGAGGACUGAACAUGUCCAUGUGAGUAAUCAGUAUUGGUAAUCAUCUUUAUUUUUUUUUUUAAAGUAGUUUGGGGAGGUUUGGCAUCUCUUAAAGCCCAAAACUUGUUUCCAGAAUACUGACUGAGGAUCAGAUCUGUAACUGAAUGGUGAACCCUUCAGCUUCACUUCCAAAUGGAAAAUGCCAUUAUGCACACUUACUGUGAACAUUUAGGCUUUUUGAUAUUUGGGUUUCCGGUGUGCAUGGUCAGGAGAUGGAAUUUGGGGGAUUAUGGAUAUAUACUGCAUAUUCUACCCCUGAGAGGAUAUUUCCUAUGAAAGACACAGACCAAUAUGUUGCUGAUAGAAGGAUGGAAUAAUCCAGCUACUCGGAUGCCAUCCAACCUCUAAAUGACCUGUAAAGCAAAACAACAUCUAAGAUUGAGUGGUAAUGGCCUGUCUUGAAAUCUGAAGAGGUUGAGGAGCUAUUAGAUGUCACUCCACCAACCUGACACACUUUAGGAUGACUCUGAGGUGUUAUUGGUAAAGAUCAGUUGAAAUGUCCUGAAGGAUAACAGUGACUAGUACACACGCACAUGGAAAAUUAGGUAAUUUAUGUCAACUUAAAGGAUGUCAAUCAAGAACUGACUGGGCAAAGUGGCUUGGAGUUGCUGAAAUGUGACAUGGAAAAGGAUCAUGAGAAGCAGUGAACAGAAGGAAGUCACCGCUCCAUGGACUGUUGGUGAGUGACCAUAGGAACAGACCUAGGAUCAGUUUACCCUUUUUAUAUCCUAACCCUAUUGGGGGAUAAGAUGGCAAACUGAUCAACAUCUAGGAACAACAUAUAGGAAAAACGCAAUCAAUUAAACGUCUCAUUGAGAGACUCCAAAGACCAUCCUGAGAAUAGAGACAAUGGUCAGUCACUCAACAGACACACAGACCCUGAAGUCCAGUUUAUUUAUUCACAUGCUGAAUUGACAAUGCUGCAUUUAUUUAUUAUAUUUUAUUUAUUAAUUGGCAGCUGUGUUUCUCUGUGAAUUUGCUAUUGGUUGACCCAUGUAUUUGGGAAGCUCUUGUGGGAGUUGCUGUACAAGGGUUUGAGUGUGGUUUUACUUCUAUGAUAGGACAAAAAAACUGAAGGAAUAGAAAAUGAUGAUUGGACUAUUUUGGAACUACUGUGCCUUUACCAAAUAGGAUGUGUACAAAAAAACGAAGCAUUUUCUACUGCAUUUUGAUUGUUUGCUUGUCUUUCCUACGAACACAGUACACAGUUGAUUACGACAUAAACUUCCUGUCUUCAGUCUCUUCUCUGGCUUCCAGGGUCUGUCGGUGACACGACCCACAGGCCAUGCAUCAACCGCUACUGCGCCCAAUAGUAAAUCACUAGUACACCACAGUAUUUUAUACAUCAUAGUCUUUAAUGAACUAAUAACUUCAAUGUUGUUUUUAGAUGGACAGUUGCCUCUUCUUCUCUGAGGUGUAUUGUAUAGAUCAUUAGCUUGGUCCAACUGGAGAAUAUGUUUGAACUGCACUUGCUAUCUUCUGUGUACUUUUCGUGCUUGUCAAACUUGAAAACUUUUUGAGGAUCCAAGCUAAAAGGGAGACCGUAUGAAUUGUUUUUUGAACCACUUCAUUAGCUGCUAUAACUGUCUAGAUUAAACCUGAAAGAAACGUGUAAAACAUGACUGAUAUAAGUAUGAAUAAUUAAUAUACAUAUACUGUAUUUACUAAUGUUACUAUACAUUAAUACAUGACAUGGGUUUGCAAACAGUUUACGUAUGUGUUCAUACGUAGAGCUUAUUAGAAAAAAAGCGACGCAAAAACAAGUUAUUAUGGUUGCAUCCAUACUCCCUAUAGCUUUCUCCAAGGACAGCCACGACUGAACACAAUCACUGGUAGCUUCCAUGUUACCCACCUACCGUCUUUACUGGAGUGGCUCUUUACCACAGGUCUAGGCUCAGAUUGCACUACCCCUAAUCCUAACAUAUACCAUCAGGGGGAUUAAAACACUUCGGACCACGGACUUGUGUUUAGGGGCCACUUUUCUUUCUUUUUAUACAGCUGUUUUAAGACAGAAACUGAUUGCACUUUUCUGUUCUCCAUGUAUGUUUUUUACUGCUGAGACCACUACCGAUGAAUCAGAAGUAAUGUGGUCUUGUUUAUUUCAACUGCCUUUUUAUAUUGUAGUAGCAGACUGUAGUCGCCCUCUAUUCCUCCCCUCUCUCUCCUCUCUCCGUCCCCCUUCCUUUCUGAUACAUACUACUUUUGCCCUCUUCCCUGUCUCUCACUCCCCCAUCUCUGUUCCUUUCUCUUACUAUUUCUCUGCCUCACACGUUUCCGCAGCUGUUAAUCAUUGUUACUCUUCUGAGUAUGUUUUUGUAUUGAUUACACGAAAGGAAAAUAUUUCAAUAAAUGACACUUUUGAGAAGAA